AUGGACGCAGACGCUAGCCUAGUCGGCACCCUCGUCGACAGGCUGGCCACUCGGCUACCGCAUCGGACGGGUACCAAUCAUUCUCUAAUUGAGGACGGCAUCCUCAAAAUCACUCGAGCUACAUUGGUAGAACUUAGCAAAUCCUCCAUCGAACCCGUACUCGAAGCACUCCUCAAACUUCUCGAAGGCCUUUCUCGUCCCUAUGACAGCGUUGCCUCCCAUCCGAACCAUAUUCUCCUAUCCGAGCUUCACCGCAAUAUCAGUAUACCCCGACUUCGGCAAGCCAAGGCUCGACCUGCUGCUUCCCAAUUUCUGGAAACCCAUCUUGUCGAGCUAGACGGCUAUGUAAAGGUGGUAGUGGAAUACGUGAGCGCAUCUAGCUGGGCCUCGUGCUUCGACUACUUCCGGAGUUCAGUUUACAGUAUCCGAGGCAGCAUGACUGCAGGUGUUCUCGAAAAUUCUAGGGCCAUCAUUGAAGCUGAAACCUCUGCACUAGUGGCCGUUCGUCUUCUUUCUUUCUUUUGGGUCGAUGUUACGAAGCUGCGGCAGGUCAUCCAGGAGAUUUGCUCCAGUUACCUCCACUUUAGAAGGCCUUACCAGCAUGCGAUUUCGGUCGUUAUUCCUCUACUCAUCACCCGGUGGGUAGAUCGGUUUCCCAGCGAGUUUGUGGCUCUCCACGUAACUCGCAGGAGGCUUGAUACCUCUGCAGACUCUCUCUUCGACAUGACCCAGAGAGUAACGGAAAGCGACAAACGAAAAGGACUGAUGUUUCCUCUACAAACGUCUUUACUUUAUCUGUUACCAGAUGUAUUUGAGGUCGCAAGUAACUUGAAGGAGGCAAAGAGCAGUGGUAUAGUCAAGAAGGUGUCGUUUUUGGAUGGACUCAAGAAAAGUUUGCGAAACGGAAACGGACUGGCUGCUUAUUGCCUGGUUUCCCUCCUCCGUGCCGCACGGCAUUUUGACGCCGAGAGCGACUCCGCUCUCGUGAGCUAUGCUCUGGAUGUACAGGAUGAAGUACGGGAAUCCGUUUUCUCUUGCACCCCGUCUUCAGCUUCUCCGUCCCCGACAUCUUCUUUUGAUACUCCCAUGUUCGACCAAGACACUAUGACCGCUGCUUUCGUGAGCUUGGCCCACCUGAAUCUUGAUGGCAGUGUUCGCACUCUGGUCCAGAAUUGUAUCUCACGAUCUGCGCCUGACAGCUUCAAGAUUGCGUCCAUCCAAGCUUGUUGCUACUUUGCACGACAGCCCUUUGCUUCGCAAUAUCACGAGCUUUUUGACCAGCUACUUCCAUUCAUGCAAUCCCAACUAGAGCGCUCUAUUGCUAGCAGGGACAAUACCGAUAUGAUAUGCAGCAUUCUGGAAUUCUUGGACACAUCCCCCAGCAGGCUACUAGAAGACCUGUCAUCCUCAAGCUCCGCGAAUGGAUUUUUUAGGCCGUUCUUAUUCUGCGUCUUGUCUCCGGAACUGGCAGUGCGACAAAUUGCGACCAAAGUGGCAAAGAAACUUUUUGAGCAUCAUGGGGAGGCCUUCAGAUCGCCAGAACAGACUCAACACCGUGGAGCUCUUCAAUUACGAAAGGAUAUGUGGAGCCGAAGCUCCAAGGUUCUCCUCAGCCUUUGCGAACGCAUUUUGACGCAUACGAGUGACGGCGCGCUAUCCACUCUGCAUGGCUGCCUUGAGUCUCGCCUGCUGUUAUUACAAAAUAUACCCGUCGCACAAUCUGCAAAAGCAUCAGCCUCCGUGCUCCGCAAUGGGGACAUAUUUCGUGAAAUCGCAUCUCGCGAAUUUCGAUUUACUGGUCUCGUUGCUUUCCAGAAACGCAUUCGAGGUCUCCUGAGGCGCAUGCAAUUUCCCACCACUGGUAUACUCAAUGCAUGGGAAACUGCAUUUGACAGAUGGAUAUAUCUAGCAAAAGAUGUAUCGACCUCCAAAUCCGAUGGUAUUGAUGACAAAAUCAUCGCUCAGUGGCGCAAUUUUUCGGGCUUCCUGGCGUCUCUAGGCGGAAUCUGCAUCGCGGACCAAGCCAUUAUACUCGAAGAACCCGCUCUUGGAGGUCUGAGGUGGAUCGACCGGCUCUCAUCAGAGAAUUACGAAGAAACUCUCCUAACUCGGUACCUACGCUUGAGUAUUCAACUGUUAGCGUGUGGGAAUAUCCGGGUUCGGGAAGCAAUGAGGGAAGUGCUGUCAACCGAAGCCUCCCCAGCACUUUACCAGUCGCUUUUCCGAGCCUUGGAGUCAGAACUUGAAGUUCUUUUCACGGGCGCGCUGGCCACCUCGGAUAAAGCACAGGACAUCGAGAUCAUAUUUGCAGAACAAGGAGCAUCCUUGCUGCGUGCGUUGGUUGAUCGCCUUGAAAGUCCAACAGAUCUAGGAGCUGCUUCAUCAAUCCACCUGGGGGCUUUGACUCUAAACUUUGCGACUUUCUUGGAUGGUGUUCCCGAUACGCCGGACACCCUUAGAGUCAAGAUUCGUGUUUGCCACUUGUGUGAAGCGGUGAUGAAACGGAAGGAACACUUGAAUCUCCGCGAUGACGUUCAUAUCAGAAACCAAUUGUUGGAAUGCAUCUUUGGUUGGAUCGCACGACCAAGAACUCCGCACCGCGAACAGGCCAGUAACACAAGACAAGACGACAUUUCUAGAAUUCAAAGAGACCUGGAUAAAGCCUGCUUGAAGUCCCUCACAGAUCUUACCUUCAGGCUCCCUCUCCAUCCGUCCGACAGCCAAACCGAUGCUGGGAUGAGUGAAAUGAAGUCUCAAAUGUUCCAUACUUACUUCAAUCGGUUCCUGUCCCUCUUAAACUAUGAGACCCCCGACUCCACCCGAUCUGACACAAACUCGGGUACUAACCGAGAUGAGAGUGUGUCCAACUCAGACCUCGCCAUCACGAUUUUGUCUAAUCUGCUCAGUGCAAACAUCGAUGUCGGCCUGAAACACUCGCUCAGCAUCGGAUACCACGAGAAUGUCGAGAUUCGGACGGCGUUUGUUCGGGUUCUUUAUAACAUUCUGGUUCAAGGAACCGAGUUCAGCAAUUUGACUGACUCGGCUGUGAGUGAGAAAUAUGAAGAGCUUCUUGAUCUUUUGACCAAAGAUCUCUCGCUAUCUGUGUCUAUAAGCACUAUCUGUCCUAGUACGGAAGUGGACGAGGUUGCAAUAUGCCUUCUAACCGUCUUCGAGCAACGUGGUCUCAUUUUUGAGCUUUUCGAGGCCCUUAUCAAGCAAGAAGUCGACAAUACCGAAAACGAGUCAGAACUACUGCGUCACACAAGUGUCGCAACCAAGAUGCUUUCUGUCUACGCGAAAUGGAAAGGCGCUCAGUAUUUGAAGGACACUCUGCAGAAGGUUCUUGAGCGUCUCAUGCUCACCUCUCACGAACUAGACCUUGAGCUCGACCCAGCGCGAGUUGGCUCAGUGGAAGAGUCUCAGAGGAAUGCCCUUCGUUUACGAAUCGUGGCCAAGGUGUUCAUUGACAACAUAUGUGCAUCGGAAUCGGACAUUCAGGCAUGCUUGCGAAAACUGUGCAAUAUCAUUGUAAAUGCUGUUGAGCCUCGUUUUCCAGAUGCGAAGUACACCGCCGUUGGAGCCUUCAUUUUCCUACGAUUUUUCUGUCCCGCUAUCGUGGCUCCGGAUGUCGAAGGACUGGUAUCUACGCCUCCGACUAAGGAAAUGCGUCGCGGUCUUCUGCUUAUUGCAAAGAUCAUACAAAACCUUGCCAACAAUGUGCUCUUUGGGGUUAAAGAGCCAUACAUGUUCCCUUUGAACGAUUUCCUGGUACAAAAUGUUUUCGACAUCACUGGGUUCCUGCGGAAAAUAUCUGUGAUGUCCGAGCCGGUCGAGAGUCCGCCAAGCGCUGAGUUAUUUGAUUUCGGAUCCUGUGUUGCGUUGCACAGAUUUUUGUAUGAUCACUGGGACCACGUACGCCAAACACUGGUUUCCAGAGAGAGAAGAGAAUAUGUGCGAUCUCCAAGUGAGCUUUCUCGAGGCCGUUCGCCGACACUGGAGCCACUUCGAAACCUCAUUGCCAACUUAGGCCCGCCGCCUCUGGCUGUCUCCUGGAACCGCCCACAGGUCUCCAUCAAUAGCCCACCGUUGUAUUCCAGGUUCCAAAACUUCAUGCUUCGCAACGCAUUCAAGGGCACAGAGUCAUUUCUCACGGCCCGAGCUGUGUAUGAUGGAGGUGAAAGCAAGGAUGGACUCUCAACCAUAUGUAUAAUUUUGAGAAAUAUCGAAACCGAGGGGAUUGACCAUGAUACAUUGCUCUACUGCUAUCUCAAGAUUGCAAGCAAGCUCUGGCAUGAGCCUUUUGGUAUACUGAUUGAUGCCACAUGCUACAACGGACGGAAUGAACCCCAGGAUGAUUUGUUCCGCAUGUUGGAACUUCUCGCACCAACAGAGCUAUCUCAAAACCUCACGCGCAUAUACGUCUAUAACAUGAACAGCCCUUUUAAGCGCUGUUUCAGACGACUUCUUCGACUAUUCACAAGGAACGAGAGGAGCGUCUUCAACCCCAAGAAUGUGGAUUAUCAUCUUGUGGGAAACCUUCAGGACUUGCAGGUACACUUUCCUCUCAACCAACUCCAUCUCCCGAAAGAGACCAUCGAUGUCGUCACAGAUACACAAUUCGUCUACCAACCUAUCACUCGACUUUCGAAAUCCAAGGGGAAGAUCGAUGUGACUAUCAAAGUUGGCAGCCAGUUCGUACAAGUGACCACAGCCAGUAAGCAAGACGUCUUGCCAGGAUCUAUGACAAGUACCAUCAACGACAUCUUCCGUAUUGGAGACAUUGAUGAAGCAUCGACGUCUAUGCAAACAGAAGAUGACCUGGCCUUUGGGCUCCGAGCUGAUAGUGGCAAGGUCGUCAUGUACUUCACCAGCCCCGCAAAGUCGGAAGUCUUGCAAUCUAUUAGAGCAGCAAAGGCCAGGUAUGGCAAUGACAACAGGACUCAUAAACCUCUGGAAAGACUGAUCCGCCCUCAAGACGUUCCCGGGACGCUUCUCAACCUAGCUCUCACAAAUAUUUCGAGCCCAGACACCAUCCUCAGAGUUUCUUCCUACAAUCUUUUGGGUGCCCUUUGCAGAGCCUUCAAAUUCAGCUCUGCCAACAGACUUAUCUGCUCCAAAGAUGUCUCCGUUCCUUUGGACGCCAGUGAUUUUAUUGUUGGAGUCAGUAAAGAACUUGCCGCCUCAGAGCCACAGCUCACGUCUGAUUUUCUCACCGAGUUCUUUGUGGGAUGGGAAAGCUUCCCCGAAGAUCAGAAGCCGUUGAGCUUAGCCUACAUGGCUCCAUGGCUCUCGGGCCUUCGGACAGCGGUGUUGACAAAUGAGCCAGAUGCUGAGAAGGGCAGGGAAAAAGUCGCAAUCUUAUUCCGCAAGCUCAUUGACCUUGCCAUUGUUGACACUGCACUUACAUACACCCUUGGUGAGGCGGUCUGGCCAGUCAUUGCUCAGGACGAGGUUCUCCUUGACAUUUUUUUGGAGGAGCUUUUGAGGACCGCCAUGAACUAUGGUUCUCAUGAAGAGGUUCUUGACAGCAUUUCAUCCAUUGCUGUUGGCCUGGGCAGUGUAACACUUCGUGGCAAAAUCCUAUCAAGGUUGAGAAAGGUCCUGAAUCGGUCAUCACUACGGCCAACGAAAUUCCUCCCUGACAAUGCAGUAUGGGCCGAAAUAUGCGUGUUGCUUCACUUCUGUCUAGCGCUUUCAUUCAACAACGGGAUUCAGUCACAGCUCUUUCUUCCAGAAAUAUUCCACAUCGUCACAAUGUUGUCGAAUACUGGAGGCCAUUCGGUGCGAAUGCUGGUGUAUAAGCUGCUGAUUAAUUCUCUGCAUGCCGCCUGCUCAUCCUUUUCGUUGGAUGACAACAAGUCCACCAAGCUGAAGGCAAUACUUGAUACUUUGAGUGAGCCGAGAGGAGAUAUAUUUUCUGUGCAUCCUAGCUACGCACGAGAAGGAGCAUCUAUAUCUACCUUGCAAGACUCAGGUGCAGCUCUCGCUGCUACUGAGAACCUUGCUGCAGUGCUCUUCGACGUAUGUUCGAUUGCCGCUCCUUCGGUGGACUUGGCCAACGUUUGGCGUUCACGCUGGAUGAGCUUGGUUGCCAGUACUGCGUUUCAGAAUAAUCCAGCUAUCCAACCUCGCGCGUUCACGGUGAUGGGGUACUUGGCACGUGAAGAGGUGGAUGAUGAUCUUCUUUACCAGGUGCUUGUGGCUUUGCGCAAUAGCAUUGGACGCUUCGAAGAAGAAAGUUCCCCGGAACUUCUUGUGUCCAUCAUAACCUCCUUGUCUAAGAUGAUGGCCAAACUUCCCUCUGCCUCAAGAUAUGGGCUGCAGCUUUUCUGGCUUGCCAUCUCCCUUGUCAGACUUGUCCCUUCGAACCUCUUCAAUUGCACAGCACAAUUUCUCGAGGCUGUUCUUACCAAUAUCGGUACGGUUGGCGAUGUACGAGGGGAGAAGAUGGUCAUCAUACUGCUCCAAGGACGAACUCAGGUGGAGGAUGCGGCUCUACAGCUCGAUGAAGCCUGCGGUAUCCAUUUCAAUGAGGAUACCUUCCAUUUUGCCGUGUGCGCGUGCCUGGCUCGUGGUCUCACGGAUACGACUACAAGACCAACAGCAUUGCGAGUUCUGUCCUCAUUUUUAGAGAUGACCACGUGGACACCCGAGUCGAAGAAGGAUAACCCCUCCCGCACCAUUUCCUCCUCGCCUUAUUUGGCAUUGAUACGAGCUCGUGCUGUGGGACUUGAAGAGCUGAAGGAUAGUUUAUGGCUAGCUGGCCUUAACCCCGAGCAAGCUGAUAGUAUUUUUAGCCAGAGGAGCCGGAAAGAUGUUGAGUCUUUCACUGAUAGUGAGCUAUUAUUAUUAACGGCGAUGGAGAUGGUUGAUUUUCAAUACCUGGAGGACACCGUCCAAGCGCAUAGCCUUCAUUGGCUAAACGAGAUGGCGAAAGCUCGUCCAGCGGUCAUGCUACACCUAUCCUCUUCCAUGCGCAUUAUAAUGGACGAUGUAUUGCUCCAUGGCCAGAACUCGACAACUCUGGAGGCCACCCAUACAUUGCUGCGAACUCUAUCUUCGGACAAGAAUUACGUCCAUGCAAUGAAUAUCACCAGCUCUUUGUCAGAGGAGCUCGAAGAUAAAGGUUUUGGCGGACUUUGGCGGUCAUGCUCCAUGGGCUCAAUUGAAGACAUCCACAGAGAUACCCUCGACUUGACCGAGAAACUCAUCGAGACCAAAGAACUUUGA